GAUUACCACUUUGAAUAUACGGAAUGUGAUAGCAGUGGCUCCAGGUGGAGAGUUGCCAUUCCGAAUUCUGCAGUGGACUGCUCUGGCCUGCCUGACCCAGUGAGAGGCAAAGAAUGCACUUUCUCCUGUGCUUCUGGAGAGUAUCUAGAGAUGAAGAACCAGGUAUGCAGUAAGUGUGGUGAAGGCACCUACUCCUUGGGCAGUGGCAUCAAAUUUGAUGAAUGGGAUGAAUUGCCAGCAGGAUUUUCCAACGUUGCAACUUUCAUGGACACUGUACUUGGCCCUUCUGACACCAGGCCUGAUGGCUGUAACAACUCUUCUUGGGUCCCUCGUGGAAAUUACAUAGAGUCAAAUCGUGAUGACUGCACCGUGUCUUUGAUCUAUGCUGUGCACCUUAAGAAGUCGGGUAAUGUCUUCUUUGAGUACCAGUACGUCGACAACAACAUCUUCUUUGAGUUCUUUAUUCAGAACGAUCAGUGCCAGGAGAUGGACACCACGGCGGACAAGUGGGUCAAGCUCACGGACAGUGGGGAGUGGGGCUCGCAUUCUGUAAUGCUAAAGUCUGGCCCAAACAUACUGUACUGGAGAACUACAGGCAUCCUUAUGGGUUCUAAGGCAGUCAAGCCAGUUUUGGUAAAAAAUAUCACAAUUGAAGGAGUGGCAUACACAUCAGAAUGCUUUCCAUGCAAGCCGGGCACCUUCAGCAAUAAACCAGGUUCGUUCAACUGCCAAGUGUGUCCCAGAAACACCUAUUCUGAGAAAGGAGCCAAAGAAUGCAUAAAGUGUGCAGAGGACUCCCAGUUUUCAGAAGAAGGAUCUGGCGAGUGUAUGGAGCGCCCUCCCUGUACCACAAAAGACUAUUUUCAGAUCCACACUCCAUGUGAUGAAGAUGGAAAGACACAGAUAAUGUACAAGUGGAUAGAGCCCAAAAUCUGCCGGGAAGAUCUCACAGAUGCUAUUAGGUUGCCCCCUUCUGGAGAGAAGAAGGAUUGUCCACCUUGCAACCCUGGAUUUUAUAACAAUGGAUCAUCUUCUUGCCAUCCCUGCCCUCCUGGGACGUUUUCAGAUGGAACAAAGGAAUGUAGACCAUGUCCAGCGGGAACAGAGCCUGCCCUUGGCUUUGAAUACAAAUGGUGGAAUGUCCUUCCCGGCAACAUGAAAACCUCCUGCUUUAAUGUUGGGAAUUCAAAGUGUGAUGGAAUGAAUGGCUGGGAGGUGGCUGGAGAUCAUAUCCAGAGUGGGGCUGGAGGUUCUGAUAAUGAUUACCUGAUCUUAAACUUGCAUAUCCCAGGAUUUAAACCACCAACAUCUAUGACUGGAGCCAUGGGUUCUGAAUUGGGAAGGAUAACAUUUGUCUUUGAGACCCUCUGUUCUGCUGACUGUGUUCUGUACUUCAUGGUGGAUAUUAAUAGAAAAAGUACCAACGUGGUGGAAUCAUGGGGUGGAACCAAAGAAAAACAAGCUUACACCCACAUCAUCUUCAAGAAUGCAACGUUUACAUUUACAUGGGCAUUCCAGAGAACUAACCAGGGGCAAGAUAAUAGACGGUUCAUCAAUGACAUGGUGAAGAUUUAUUCUAUCACUGCCACUAAUGCAGUUGAUGGGGUGGCAUCCUCAUGCCGUGCCUGUGCCCUCGGUUCUGAACAGUCGGGCUCAUCGUGUGUCCCCUGCCCCCCAGGCGACUACAUUGAGAAAGAAACCAACCAGUGCAAGGAGUGUCCACCUGACACCUACCUGUCCAUACACCAGGUCUAUGGCAAGGAGGCUUGUAUUCCGUGCGGGCCUGGGAGUAGAAGCACUCGGGACCACUCCGCUUGCUAUAGUGACUGCUUUUUCUACCACGAGAAAGAAAAUCAGAGUUUGCACUAUGACUUCAGCAACCUCAGCAGCGUGGGCUCGUUAAUGAAUGGCCCCAGCUUUACCUCCAAAGGAACAAAAUACUUCCAUUUCUUCAAUAUUAGUUUGUGUGGGCAUGAGGGGGAGAAGAUGGCUCUCUGUACCAACAAUAUAACAGACUUUACAGUAAAGGACAUGGUGGCAGGCUCAGAUGAUUACACGAAUCUGGUAGGAGCAUUUGUAUGCCAAUCAACUAUUAUUCCUUCUGAAAGUAAGGGUUUCCGAGCAGCUUUAUCAUCACAGUCCAUCAUUCUGGCAGACACAUUUUUAGGAGUGACAAUUGAAACCACACUGCAAAAUAUUAAUAUAAAAGAAGAUAUGUUCCCAGUUCCACCGAGCCAAAUACCAGAUGUGCAUUUCUUUUACAAGUCUUCUGCAACUACAACAUCUUGUGUUAAUGGCCGGUCAACUGCGGUGAAAAUGAGAUGUAAUCCCACUAAACCGGGAGCUGGAGUGAUUUCAGUCCCCAGCAAGUGUCCAGCAGGCACCUGUGAUGGAUGUACAUUUUACUUCCUGUGGGAGAGUGCCGAAGCUUGCCCUCUGUGCACAGAGCAUGACUUUCAUGAGAUUGAGGGCGCCUGUAAGAGAGGAUUUCAG